AUGCAUAGAAACAUAUUUUUUUUGUCUCGGUGUUUGUUACCAAAUAAUAUAGCUAUGUGUACGGUGCGUCGGUUCUUGAAUAAAUCCCCAGGAAAUGAACAAAUGGAAUAUUUAAAGUCGGCGUUAGACACAAAUUUUCAAGAUUGGCCAGUUUUAAAAGUUAACAUUCUUAGUAAAGAUGGUUCAGUAAACGAAAAGAAUGUUGAUGCUGUAAUAUUAAAAACAAUGGUUAGAAAUCAGAGGUUAGAUUCAGCAUCAUCCUUUGCAAAUUAUUUGAAAAGUUCCAAUUCAGUUUUAAGUAUAGGAGCCACAAAUAGUAUAUUAGGCUUAUAUUUUGAAAAAGGAAGGAAAAAAUCAUUGUCUGAGUCCGAGAAGCAAUUUAUUUUGAAUACUUAUAUGGAUUUAUAUAACAAGUACAAAGUUUUGGAUUAUUCAACUUCUGAAUCACUUUUGCAUGCUUUAUGUGCUAUUGACGAAUGGGAAAAAGCUUUUAAAGUUUUAGAUGAUUUAAAAUUAAGUUGUACACCGAGUCAUUCUGCAUACAGCACAUUAAUAGGAACUUUAUUUAAAAAUAACAAAGUAAAAGAAGCAUUAGACAUGAUUAACAGAAGUGUUUCAGAUUUACGUCCCUUGCAAUAUUAUGCAUAUAAAGAAUGGAUGCAUUAUUUUCUUAGGAAAUAUAAAAAUAAAGGAACAAUAAUUAAGCAUUUAGAUACAAUUUGUUCACAUAUUACUGAAAACUGUGCUGUUAUUUCAAUGGCAACAGUAGAUGAAAUGAUAAAGAUCUAUACUUCAUUAGGAUGGAAUGCAGAAUUUGUGGAAGUUAUAAAGCAAAGUGGUCAAUGUAUAUCAUGCAACAAACAAUUAAAAUGUCUUAAAUUAUCCAAUCAAGAAUUUGAAUUACUGCAAAAAAAUAUAAAAGAUAAACUUAUCAUUGGAUCGGAUAUGUUUCUAAAGACUUCUCCAAAAGAAUUAAAUGAAUUUUUACAUUUUGUAGAUGAAACUGCACCUUAUGACAUUGUAUUGGAUGCUUUAAACAUUGCUUAUGCGAUAAGCAAAAGUACAAAUAUGGAGAAAUUGAAAUUUUUGAAGACUGUUGUUGAUUAUUUUAAUGGAAAAAAUAAGAGAAUAUUGCUACUGGGUCGAAAACAUAUGCUGAAGUGGCAUAGAAAAACGCUAGAAUAUUUAAUGAGUAGAACAUGCAGUUUCUUUACUGAGGACAUCUCACAAGAUGACCCCUUCUUUAUAACAGCAGCUAUCAAGUGGCAAUGGCAACAUCAGUGGAAAGUUUUCCUCGCAGGCAGACGUCCUAUCAUACAGCCGCCUUUACGAUUCUCACCAUGCGCACAGAAGAACCAAGAUGGAUGGCAUUUACCAUAUGAAAAAGAAGCAUUUGGAGAAAAGCUCACGCCUCAAGUAAACGACGGAGUUCCCAAUUACGACGGGUGGCUCUGUUUAAGACCCAAAAUAGUUGUUAAAUAG